AUAUGUACAUACUUACAUAUGUCCGAAUUUUAAUAACAUAUCUCGCAGAAAGGACUACAUUUUAUUAUUGUAGCUUUAGAUGUUAAGGUUAUACGUAUAUUAAACCUAUCAGAAGGUGAGGCCACUCCCCUUUUUUAGCUCCCAGAUGACGCCUGCACCAAAUUACAGUCUUAUAUCUUAAUUUAGUGCUUGGUUAAAGCAUUUUAUAGCUUUUCGAUUAAUGACCUUUUGGGGCGUAGCAGUGGACCGAUUACAACCAUCUAUGCCCUCACUUAUUUUUUUGGCAAAGAGGCACGUGUAUUAAUUUUAAUUAAGGUAUCCCAAUUUUUACGCAAGUUUGCGCUUGUACGGGACAGACAGACAGUCACUUGGAAUUCAACUUAUCAUCCGGAUCAUUUAUAUAUACAUAUAUAGAACUCCAUAUACAUAUAUGUCGAUUAGUUUUAAGUGAUACAAACAACCACCACAUAUACUCUCUAUACUCUGUAAAAAAUAUUGCAAGAGUAUCAAAAACAUUUAUAAACAGACAACGGAAGUUAGUCUAAUUGGCUUGAAGGAUUUUACCAGUGAAUAGUCGUUCCUUACUACCUUGGGUAAAUAUCACUUUCCCGGUCCUCCAAGGUCUAGGGAUAUACGCCAUUGCAAGACUAUCUCUCAUCAGCCGAACAAGAUGUGUCAGUAGAACGUACUCUCCCUGUUGUAAAAGUGCUGAAAAGACACCGUUCGCCUCCGGAAACUUAAAUUUCUCGAACGAAGCCAUAGCUCAAUUGUUUGAGUUACGGGGGAAUACGUUUAGGGGAGAGUUGCUUCUCUCCUAGUGCGAACCUUAUUAUAUGAUCCGAUAUGGAGGGCUCUGAUAACACCUUUCAUUUUAAGAUUAUUCCGUACAUUAGCUCGUUGCUUAAUGUGAUGUCAAGCACCUCCAUAUAUACAUAAGAGAUACUCACAUCGUGUGUUGCAAUCCGUAUAUCCCCAUUCCAAUUGUUGGACAUUUGCAUCACAUCCCAGGAUCAGGGGCAGCUUGAGUAGCCUGCAGUAGUUCACCAGGCUGUCCACAGCUGUGGAUGCAUUUCCCGGAAUAUAAGCUGCAGCCAGACAAAGUCCACUUCUUCGUUGUCCUUGGCUUGCACAGACACUAGGUUCUGUGUCAGAAACUUUGACACGCAGGUUCAGUUCACCAGGCCACUACAGGAUCGGUUCCAUGAGGAACUGGUUUUCAUCCUCCCCGUGUUCCGCGCUGCCAUCCAGCAAGUCCUUUAUACCCCCCAGAAGCUUCUGCGUAGAGGUUAUCAACCCUUCUUGUAGGCCUGUCUUCACGUCAGGGACUUUCACGAUCUCAACAGUGAGAGGCAUGCUCAUCAGCAUUUUUUCUGCUGCUCCGCUCUCAGUGGUCAUCUUAGCUUAUAUGGCCUUGUGUCUACCGAGCUUAACCUGUAGUUUAGACGGAACGUCUCAUCGUCUGGUACCGCUCAUGCCCGAGGUUUUCAUGCCCUCCGGGACUGCCGGCUGAUGGUAUAUGGGGUAAUUGGCCUCCUUUUCCUAUUUCUCUGUUUUUGCGAGCACUCUCGGAUCAGUCCGAUGCGACUCGUCAGAGCAGCUUGUCUGCUGGGGCAGCUUUGGUGGUGCUCAUUGCAGUCGUAGUGGCCGCAGUCGAUUUCGCCUGCUGUAGAACUGUGUCAGCUGCAUAAUCCGGAUAGUUAAAAAAAUUUCGUAACUCUUAACUUUCUGGGAACUACGAAUAUGACUGUCUUGUUAAUUCAGACAAUUUAUCGUCGAUAUUAUUUUGUUCAUUAUCAUCAUUAUUCCUACGAGAGAAAUAUAACGUAUAUAUACGUUCUCUGCGUAAAAGGAAAUUGAUUUAGAGCGUUGGCAAUCCUAUGAUGUAUAAGUUUAUGAAAAACUACCUGUCAAAAGCAUAUGGAAUAAAGUGAGAAACUAAUAAAGAAAUAAAUAUCAAAACAUCAAAACUCGUAAAUAGUUCAAUACAAAUUUGAUUAAGAAGCCAAUAAAAGAAAAGAAUACGGAGACUUCUUGGUAUACAAUCGAAAGAUUAUGUCCUGUACAUUAGUUAGAAAUUCUGGGACAAAAUCAAUCACAAAAAUUUCUUGGGGACUUGAACGCAAAAUAAAUAUGUAUAUAUGUAUAUAUUAAUAGUGAAAAUUAAGAAUGGUUAUUCUUGUGAAAGAUAUUAAUCGAGUGUAAACCACAGGAUUAUAAAAGUAGUCGCAAAGUGCGGCAUAGAAUCCAAUGUUUAAAAAUCACACAAAAGUUGGAAUCUCAGCAAAAGGCGCUACCGCAGCAGCGACCUUCAAUCAGCGUGAACCACUAAUUUUCCUCAUCAUAAUGCGAUUAAACUUAAAGAGUUUCCUAUUCGCACUCAUCGCAUUUGUAGUACUUACCGGCGUAGUAUUAUAUUAUUUUUUUCCGGAAUUCUUAUUCCCUCAUAAUUUGGUACACAGUUGGGAUCGCCGACUAAGUAUUCGCGACGGUUAUGAUUCAAACAUAAUAGGCGAUGGGUUAAACUCUAUUUCCGCCCCUCUUCAGAAUAUUGAAUGCUGGAUUAAUCAAGAGUAUUCGAUACCGUGCAAGCAGAGCACAGAAAACCAUGAAGUAUACGUGCCAUUUUCAUUUUUACGGAACUAUUUUGACAUAAAUGGUGCAAUGGUAUCAACCACAAGCAGUAGUCUAAAUGAUAAUAGCAACAACAGAGGUGAUAGUGUGGUACCCCGAUUUGCAUGGUCACAUAGUAACGCAAAAGUAAAUGUGCCCAAAGGGAAGUACGAUACUCGUGGACGCUUCGCUUACUUUGAAAACUACAAUGUGGAGGUACGAGAUCGUGUCAAAUGCAUAAGUGCAGUCGAAGGUGUGCCAAUAAGUACGCAGUGGGAGAAAAGUGGAUACUUUUAUCCUACUCAAAUUGCACAGUUCGCUUUGGCCCAUUAUAGUAAACAUUUAGCUGAACCGCCACCAAAAAUUAAGGUGCUUGAAGAUGCCGAUACUUAUAAGGGAGUGUGGCAUACACCAAAAUCCAGCAAUAUUUCACGCAUUUGGCAUCCAAAAUUUAACACAUCUGUAAUUCAAUACGAAACAGCAAUUGGCUAUGACAGCGCAGUGAACAUGAAUGUUAAUGAAACAUUUGAACUAGUACUAAGCGUUGAUCUGUUAUUGGUCACUAAUAGUAGUAGUCUUAUGGUUACUCUGCAAUCUCGUGAAACUAAACAAAAUUACACAUUGCACUACAUACCCGCCGAUUUGCGACUAAGUACUCAGGAGCAUAACAUAUACUAUGGCAUGGGUACUAGUGCUAUAAAUAGAUGGCGUCAUAUAACGCGAGAUCUCUCAAUCGACGUACAGAAAGGUUUAAUAAACGGCAUUGAAAAGAAACUACAAUCUAAGAUACGCCGCAAUGAUUUGCGUGUAACGUCGUUUGCGUUUCUCGGCGUUGGUUUCUUCGACAAUAUUACGCUUUCAACAUACGAUCAUAUGGCACAUUUUUACGAUGCUGCAGAAUGGUUUAUACAUAAUCAGGAUGUAAAAAGCGGUGGUUGGCCGAAUCCGGUAAAACGUAGCUUAAACGGUUUUCCCGAACUUCGAGCUGGCUGGCUUUCAGCUAUGGGCCAAGGGCAUGCGAUUUCUGUGUUAGCCAGAGCAUACUAUCAUUCCGGUGGUGAUAAGCGGUAUUUAAAAUCAGCGGCAUUAGGACUCAAACCUUUCAGAGUUUACUCAAAUGAAGGCGGAGUACUAGCGCAAUUUAUGGACAAGUAUUAUUGGUACGAGGAAUAUCCAACAACCCCUCCUUCAUUUGUACUAAAUGGUUUCAUUUAUUCCCUAUUGGGAUUAUAUGAUCUAAAUAUGACAGCACCAUCAAGCAUUGGACGUGAAGCUGGUCAGCUUUUCAAUCAAGGGAUGUUGUCAUUAAAGAAAAUGUUACUGCUUUACGAUACUGGCUCUGGCACCAGUUAUGAUUUGCGGCAUUUAAGUUUAGGAACUGCACCAAACUUGGCCCGAGACGAUUACCAUGCAACGCAUGUAAGUCAAUUACUGUUAUUGUCUACAAUCGACAGUGAUCCCAUUUUAAUGGAAACGGCAGAGCGAUGGAAAGGUUACAUGUUUGGCAAACGCGCCAAACACAACUGAUGGCGUAA